CUGUAGUUGAGGUAAAGCAAUAUUUUAAAUGAUUAUUAUUUAGCUUUCUGCUUAAGUCACGGUUAUAUGUGUUUUGGGUUUCCCUCAACUUGAAAUUACAACCUGUUCUCUUAACUUGAUAUUCUCAUUUAAACGAAAGAGCUCUAAUUAAGUUCCACUUAUUGUGCGUCGUGCAUCUGACGUCAUGACGUCAGAGUCUUCCAGAAUAUUCCUGCUUCGCGGUUAAGAUGCCAUUACCUCGUUGAGGUGACUUCCAAAGAAAAGCUGACAUGGCAAAUUUGAGACUUACAAGACUGAAGGUGAUUUUGGGGGAACACAACAUCGAAAAACUUACUUUUCCUAAUGGCAUACCCGAGUCAUUAGAUGAACUUCUCAACCAGAUAAAGACUACCUUUAAGCUAAAAGAGGACUUCAGGCUUCAGUACAUGGAUCAAGACUUUGGGAAUGACUUCUUCAACCUCAAUUCUACUGCAGACCUUCAUGAUUUAGGGACAGUGAAGGUGAUCUAUCAGGAAGCCAUUCUAACUUUGAUCACUGCAAGUGAAAGCACAUCAUCACAUUCACUUUCAUUUGACAUCGAUGACAGUAUCUCACUGGCAUCAAAUGACACUGUAAUCCUUUCAUCACCUGAGUCCAUAUCAUCUCGAAAACGUCAGUGGCCAGAGGACUUUCCAAUUCCUCAGUUUUCCUACGAUACAGAACUACUGUUGGAGAAGGGCAACUCAGAAUAUGAUGUACACCACAAAAUGUUGACUCUGACCUCUCGAAUCAAGACUGAUAUCCUGAACAGACUAGCAGAAGAAAUCUACCAAUACAAGGCUUACCCAGAGGAUGCACAUUUUAGUUCAGUAGCAGAGGCCUUAAUCAAAAGGCACCCUUGUUUGAAAGAACCUGGAUCAUUCAACGGUUGCUAUGGUUGGAAACAGCGACUCAAAUACAAAAUGGGAAAUUAUAGGACUCAUCUGAAAUUACAGGGUUGUCCAGAACUGUCAGUGAACUUCCUGAUAGCAAAAGCUCCUAAAGAUGCUUUUCCUGCUAAAAAAGUAAAAAAGCCAAAACGAGCAGAAGCAAACUUUUAUCCAGGCUUUCCUGUUGGCGAGACUGUGGAAAGUCUUGAGAAAGAGAGACUCGAACUUCUGACAGAGAUCAAUAAAAAGAACAAUGAGAGAAUUAAUGCAGAGUUCCAGAGGCUCAUGGCAGUCCCUCUUGAAGAAAAAUUCAUGGCCCAGUUAGACCUGCACUUAAGUCAGCUCAUCAAAGUCGUCCGUUCUAAAGGAGGAACAACCCGGCAAAAGACUGCUCACAUUAUUGAAACUUUGGACCAGACAGAGGACAUUCAUCUUCGGAGGGAAUCAGUUCUGAAAGCACUCAUCAUCUUUCUGGGGGAAGAUCCAGAUGAUCUGAUCAAGGAAUAUCUUGACUCGACUGCCGAUAAUGCACAGAUAGACCUGGAGCAGCUCACCAUGGGAGUGUUUGUGAUACGAAAGCAAGGGGAAGGACCACAGGAGCCACCUGAAAACAUAGGCAUCGUCAUUGAGGGAGUGGAGGUCUUGAAUGAACUUAAUUCAGUUGCUUCUGCUUGUGCACUGCUUCUGGGUUUGAUAUAUGAACUCAAUCUGGCUUAUCCAAAAUGUCUCCAUUUCACUUUUGAAGUGCUUCAGAAAAUUAUCAUGGAGCUUGACAAGCACAAGAUGUCCCCCAAAGUUCAAAACCUCUUUUGCAGGCUUAAAAGCUCAGAGUGA